AUGGUAGAUGGUUCACUUUAUGCGCCUCUGCAAGCUAAUCCACCACCAGACGAAAAUGUUACUCCGAUGGCCAACGCCGGAGUGUUAAGCAUAUUCACAUUCUGGUGGCUAAAUCCGUUGAUGAUCAAAGGGAAAAGUCAAGUUCUCGACGAUAAAGACAUCCCAAAGCUACGAAAGGAAGACACAUCAGAAGAAUGUUAUUCCAGUUUCAUGGAGACGCUGGAGAAACGGCGAGCAAAGAGUGUUUCCGGUGGUCAUGGUGAUUCCGAUCCGCCGGUCUUAUCGACGUUGUUCGUUUGGCAACGGAAAGAGCUCGUAAUCACUGGUAUUUUUGCGCUGAUAAAAGUGCUCGCGUUGGCUUCAGGUCCUUUGAUUCUUCGAGCUUUCAUUCAACUUGUUCAAGGGAAUGAAAGUUUCGAGAACGAAGGGUAUUUCUGA